CUGGUUGGUGCGCUCGCGAGCGUCUCUGACGGUCGUUCUGUAUUGGAGCGGUGUAGGAGUGAGAGUUUACAGCUGCAGCAUCACUUCAUGUAGCGCACCCAAACUGCGAGGACACCACUUCAUCCGAAGCAAACCCAUUGGAGUGUACAAUCACCUGCGAGGCGGUGACUGCACUUUCUCUGAAGCAGACAAGAAACCAACGAAAUAUUUUCUUUAUUUAUUUAUUAGCUACGAAAGGGAAUGCCAUCUAUAAAUAUGAAACUGGAGAUGGUGACCAUCAUCGCCUGCGAGGUAGAUACCGACGUGUUUACGUCCGACAAAAUGCAGGAGCGGUUUGAGGCCUUGUUCAGGAUCUAUGACGAGCAGACGUCCUUCCAGAUGUUCAAGAGCUUCAGGCGAGUCCGCAUCAGUUUCAGCACUCCGGAAGCGGCCGCCCGCGCUCGUGUCGAGCUCCACGAGACCGAGUUCAACGGGAAGCAGCUCGAGCUUAACUUUGCCCAGGUUCAGAACUCUGGGGAGGACAUAGACAAGUCGUACCUGGCCCCUCCCGCGCCCGUCAAACAGUUCCUCAUCUCGCCCCCCGCCUCGCCGGCCGUGGGCUGGGGCCAGAGCGAAGACGCAACGCCCGUCAUCAACUACGACCUGCUGUGUGCUGUGGCCAAGCUAGGCCCAGGGGAGAAUUAUGAGCUGCACGCGGGCACGGAGUCGACCCCCAGUGUUGUAGUGCAGGUGUGCGACAGCGACGCCGAAGACGACAACAACGCCGAAGCGCGUCCCAAGCAGAGACAGCAGAUUGUCCAAACCCGGCGCCCCGAUGGACCACCGCGAGUCCUCAACUAGGACCCUCCACUUCGGACCCCACUCCUACAACCCCAAAAAACACGCACCUAGACCUGUCUCCUCUGUCUCUGCACUCGCAGAGCACAAUGAGACAACGCCCCUCAUUUCAAUUCAACCAAAAACAAACAAACGACAAACAUUUGGUGGUGUUUGUGGACGGAGCGUGGCUAUUGGAUGGAAUGAGGCGGCCUGGCCUGUAUGGAUGAUGGAGGAUGGAUGAGAUUCACACACACACUCAUCACACUCAAAGGAAAGGGAGGGAGGGAUAACGGAACCCUUGACCCUUACUCAGCCAGGGGCGGUAAUGUAACACCUUGUCCCCCUAAAGCAGGCACACUGUCAUAGAAUCAUACACUCAGCUCUCAUAUGUGCUCGUACUGUAGUAGUUCCGCUAGUCUGACCUCUCCUUCUUCUUUCCUUCUUACGUCAUUGGUUAGUCGUGUGCAAUGGACUUCGGGGACAUGCAAUACUUCCGAAGAGAGAUUUUGGUUGUUCUUCUUCUGCUCUUUUAUCUUAUCAGCUGAUUGGUUGUUUCUGCUAUCACAGAAUCAGGAUUGAUUGCCUGGUAUUCCUCUUGUCUGCAUGUAUAUAUGAGUUCUUCUGAGAAAAAUACUUACUACAGAGACUCAAAUACUAAACUACUGUAUGAAGCAAAGGAACCUAUCGAGGUCACACACUACAUAACAAAAGGUCGCCAUGUGGUAACAACAAAGUUGCGGUGGUGUUUGCAUUUUCUUCAUUUGUUCUGCUUCUGUCUUCUUCUUUUUUUUUAAAUCAGAGCUGUGUAUGUCGGUUUUUGCUGAACUAGAUGUGUAUUCUUCCUCUUAACAUGUAUUUGAUACAACAAACAAUCGCUUUUUUUUUUUGCAUGCUUACUUACUAUAGUCGGCAGCUGAAGCGUUUUAUACUGGUCCAGACGACAGGGAAAUGGGAUGGCGCUUUUGAAGACACGCAUAUCUCUAGUUUUAUAGUGUCAAGUGAGAGGGGAGAGGCUGGCUGAGCAAGAUAUAAGACUGAGAGUGAAAGAAAUCUUUACAGUGUGAGUAAAGGUCUAAGAGUAGGCCUCUCUCUUGAAGCCUAAUAGUUGGGCUUUGGGAUAGGAGUAAAAGCUAGCGUUAAUCUUCAAGAGUGUUGAUGUUUUUUCAGGGGGUAUUUUUAUGAUUCCCAUCUUUCCGGUAAUGGUUUUUGGUUCUUGUUAUGAUAUCAACCCAGUUUAUAUAUAUAUAUAUAUAUAUAUAUAUAUGUGUGUCUGUUUUUCUUCUUCUGAGACCUAUAUUGCUUGUUUUGCAAUGAAAAUCUCGAGAUCUCUGGAGCUACACUGAAGGAAUGUCCUGAAUUUCCUCUGUCAGCUCUUAAGAGUUGAAGACCGCUUCUUAGUUCUCGCUGUAAAUAGCUGAAUAGUCAGUAGGUUGAAAUAGUCCAUUAGGUUUUAAUGAUUGACAUUAAGCGUUGCUGAGAAAGUGAAAAUUGUUAAUUGGCCUCCUUGCCUCUGGAGAUAUCAACCAAAGCCUUCGUCUCACCUUGCAGUCGCAACACAAAUCAUUGGAAACUCAAGAAACUCAAGAGAAAUGUAUUGAUUUGAAUCACUCCAGUUUGGAAAACUGCUGCAUUCACAGUUGUUACUUUGCUCUCCCCCCAAAAAAGUUAUUACCAACUCCUAAAUAAAUAAAGUGUGCUUUUAGCCAUUUAGCCAAUUAUUUUAGGAGUAACUUUUUCCAGAAUGUUCGAUUUUUCUCCCCACUAUGCACCUUGAAUAAAAUAAAAAAAUGUGAUGCCAAGUGUCUGUCAUUACAAUGAUUUCAUGCCAUAAAAAGUCCUUAUGUUUUAGUUUUGUCACAGAAACAUAUUUCAUACAGUGAGACUGUUGAAUACAGACUAUUCCAUGUUGAGUCCUUGAUUUUAUUCCCAUCCUGAAAAGGUGUUUUGAAUCUAGUCCUUUUUUUUUCUUCUAAAUUAAAGCCCAAGCAUUGAGGUGGAGUGUUCAAGUGUUCAAUACAGUACAUUUGGCCUCAGUGGUGAACGUAAACCUUAUCCGUGUUAGAAAGCAUUAAAAAUGACUUAUUUUUUGCUCAUAUUUGUAAAGAAAUGAUGGUCUCUUUGCAUGCGAGCACUUUUUCUGCAUUUUUUUUUAUCCUUGUAAGAUGCAGUCUUGCUAGAGAGAACGCUCCUCGUCGACGUUAUUUUCUUUCUGUUCUUUUUUUAAAAAUCUUCUGUUUUUCAAGAUAAACACCUGGGAAGCCUUCUCACCAACAGAGCAGUGUGAGUCCAACACUCAAAUGAUCUGAAUUCCACCUCUCGCUAAUGGGGUUUUGAAGGCCCGGAGUCCUUUGGAUAUAAGUGUACUACUGAAUAGGUGUGGAAGGAAGAACAGGAAAACUUGUCUUUUGACAGGAUAGAUGGUUGACAGAACAAAUGUGUGUUUUUGUUUCAGUGCUUGUCUCUGGAACAUACUUCCAUGUGCAAGCGUUGUCCUUUCAGAGGUGACUUCUAAAAACGAAGCCGGCAGCAAGUGUUGAAGUGCACCAUAAUGGCAUAAGCAGUUUUUAGUUUUGCUGACUGGUGAAAAUAUUGAUGAUUGAUGACAAUGAUGAUGAUUAUGUUGAUGAUGCUUAUCUGAUGUUUUUUACUGUCUUUGAAACUGGGUGCAUUUUUGGUCACUGUUGAAAAGAGAAAACGUAUAUUUAUGUAUAUAUGCCAAGUGUUUUUGUUGCCGAGACCAGUUCCAGCGUGCAUAAAAAAAUUGUGGCUUCUACUUUUAUGUUGAUGUAAAGAUUUUAAAAAGCUUAGUCCUGAAAUGCUCGAUCAAAUCAAUUCUCAUUGCGUCGUGUUGAAAAUUUACUCUGUUUGAAUGUUUUUUUGGAAAGUCUACAAUACAAAAAGGUCAAUACCGUCCGUUAUUGUUGUAUACUGUUCUGUUGAAAUCUGAAUAUUGUGUAUUGUACUGUAGUUAUCCAAAAAACAAAGUAGCAAUCAAGCAAUAAUUUACAGUUAUAUACUGGUAUCUGUAUUUCAUGUUAUGUACUAAUUUCCAGAGUGGUUUUCUCUGACUGUUACAACAGUACUUGCUUAUUUGUGUAGUAUGAUUGUCAUUUGUUUCACAUAGAGAAAUAUAUAAAGAACUAUUCUUAAAGAA